CAUCUCCACCUUUGUUUUUGUUGCAUUAAAACUAACGAUGGCAUCCCUACAAAAAUUAUCACGACAAGCUAGAGACAUAUUUCGCCUGUUUUUCAAGGACAGAAAUAUGAACAAAGAUCAUCUGAAAGCUCUACAAGAAACAAUGUCAAACAUUCGAGCUUCUGAUCUGAACAUCGACGCCAGCCGAGCUGUGAUAGAACAAAAGAGACUGCCACCAAAUCCAGCUGCUUUUGAGACGGCAGCUGGGGGAGACUCUCCCCACCGCGCCCCGGUAGGAUACAUGCACAUCUUCGAGGAUGGUGUUAUGACAAUGGGCGUGUUCAUCAUACGGGAUGGGUGUCGCAUCCCUCUGCAUAACCAUCCCGGAAUGUAUGGCCUCCUCAAAGUGCUCUAUGGUGAUAUUUCCGUAAGGACAUUCAACACCAUCACCGAGGACUGGACUAAAUUUCCAAUGCCCAAGUUUGAAGGCUUUCCGGAAAACGAGCCUCCGAGAAAGCAUUUGUUGGUUCCUACCCGACUGGGAACCGAUCAGCGCUUCACACCAUCUUCGGAAGCGGUGCUGCUAACCCCAAGAGAAGGGAACUACCACAGCUUAGAAUCAGUGGGUGGACCUGCAGCCUUUCUAGACAUACUUUCACCUCCCUACGACCCGGUCAUUGGAAGAGACUGCUACUAUUUCAAAGAAUUAAAAUCUUUGGAAUCCUUUUCAGACUCUGAUCCUGAUUGGUUGAUGUCUAUCUCUCAGCCUCCUGACUUCUGGUGUGAUGAAGUAGAAUAUCCUGGACCAGAAGUAUUGAUACCAUCAUGAAAACCAUUUCAAAACUUUGUGUUUCAUUAUUAACUGGAGUGCAUUUAUCUCACCUGAAAUCAUGUAUUAUUUUAUUGUGAUUGUUACAUUUAACAUGUGAGAAAUGUAAAUGUACAAUAUAUAACAUCUCUUGGUCAUGCCUUACAGAUUGUUUAGUAUGAAGAACUUGGUAAUGUAGUUGAUCUGAUGCAUGAAGGGUUCAUUCAUGACUGAAUAUCAAUGAAUAAAAUAUAUGAUUGUAAAUCAAAAUAUUAAAAGUCCUCAAGAGGCAAGAUACAUACAUACACACAACCAUUGUGUUUAUCUCCAUCAUCUUGAAGCAGCACUUGCUCUGGAAGAAGAAAAAGAAAAUUAAAUUGUAAUGAAAUGUAGAAAGCAUGAUCUUUCAGUAAAGUGUCCUCAAUCAUAUUUCUCAAGUAUUAGCCCUUCCAAUGCAACUCAUUUAAAUGCACAAUAAGUUUGUCUUGUCUACAUUUUCAUGAUUGUGAGAAAUAUACCCUUUCACAAGUGCCCCUGUUGAUGUAGGAGUUUGGCAAGUUUCUCUUAGAUUUUGUUUUAAAACUCAUAGAUUGUGUAUUUGUGUGUUAAUAAAAUACAUGUAUAGAACCAACUCCCCCUUACAAUUAGAAUGGCUCAAUCUGUACCUGUUUUCAAAACAUUCUUGAAGACCCAUCUGUGUAGGGAAGCAUUAAAGUACAUGUAUGUCUGAAUCAUCCAUUUUUGUGUGUACAUGUAGUAUAUUGUAUAAGCAAUAGGAGUAACCAAAGUGCAACAGAGUAUAUUCAUGUAGUUGCUGCGCUUAAAAAUUUAAUUUAUCAUAUUAUUUUACUUCAUUACUGCCAGUUAAUUAAGGAAGUUUUAUUGGGAGAAGAAUAUUACCCAGUUCUUUUUUUAAGGUUACUUAGUAAAUGUACUUAUAACUGUGCUGCAAACCAAGAAUUGCUUCAUCGAGAUCUACAGUGUAAAUUUUAUGCAUUUUUUUUGUGAAAAUACAUUUACAUGUACAUAUCAUAUAAUAAAAGGGACUCAAAGUCAUACCAAAAAUA